AUGGCAACAGGAAUACUAAAAGUGAAAGGCACACAGGUGGUCGACGGCAACGGCUCCCCUGUCAUAUUACGAGGCGCCGGCUUAGGAGGAUGGCUCAAUAUGGAGAAUCUCAUCACUGGCUUCCCAGGCCACGAAUCAAGCAUGCGCUCAGCAAUGCUAGAAGUGACGGGCCAAAAGAACUACGACUUCUUCUUUGACCGAUGGCUGUACUACUUCUUCACUUCAGCGGACGCCAAGUUCAUCAAGUCCCUAGGGUUGAACUGUAUCCGAAUUCCAUUCAACUACCGCCACUUCGAAGAUGACAUGAACCCACGCGUUCUCCAAGAAAACGGCUUCAAGCAUCUCGAUCGAGUCAUCAACCUGUGCGCAAGCGAGGGUAUCUACACCAUUCUCGACAUGCACACGGUGCCAGGCGGCCAAAGCCCAGGCUGGCACGCCGACAACACCACCAGCUACGCCGCCUUCUGGGACUACAAGGACCACCAAGACCGCACCGUCUGGCUGUGGGAGCACCUCGCCCGACGGUAUAAAGACAAUCCCUGGAUCGCUGGCUACAACCCGAUCAACGAACCCUGCGACCCCAAACACGUCCGUCUACCGGCAUACUAUGCUCAACUCGAGCAAGCCAUUCGCGCAAUCGACCCGGACCAUAUCCUCUGGCUAGACUGCAACACAUUCGCCGCAGAAUAG